UCAAAGGUCUAAAGACGCGUGUGUUAGGCCCAUUAAACCGAUGGUCAAUGGCGUGGCAUUAUGACAGGCCAAAGUUUCUUCUGUUUUCUAAUGGUUUUAGGAUUUAUUACACGGACUAACGGUGCAGCAUGUACCAGCAAUGAACUUGUCGGAAACAGUAACCCCCAAAGUGACAAGCAAAAUCUGGAUUCGUCUACAGGUCUCAGCGUGCUUCAUUCCGGAUCGGGCUUCCAAGUCCAGUGUACAUGUGGAGAGAUCAUCCAAUGGGGUCAUUAUGCAAAAACCACCGGGGAUGUCUACUUCCAGGCGUGGCGAGACACCGGAAGUACUUAUGAACUUGUCGGAGAAAAUUUGGUCACUUUCACAGCGUCGAAUGAUGGAAAUGGCAACACUCCGAUAUCAUCCGGAACGAUCUACGUUAUACAGAAUGAUUACCUUGCUAUAUACCAACCCAGUAAUGCCGUUAUCCCUUACGGUAAUGGGAAUGGAAAUACCAACGACUUCAAGAGGACUACGAGCGUUGGUGGAGCGACAACAUAUGCUUGGGGCUCAGAGAGUGUAGCUGGAACAAGAAAUUAUGCGUUUAAUGCCCGCCUCGAUCCAGGCAGGGAGAAAACUGCCAAAACAACGCCUUCUACGUUUUAUUGCAUUCUAACAAAGUAUACAAUGUCUUUCACGUCUUUCACAGUACCAACCAAUUUACCAACAUUUUCCAAUUUGGAUGGUUCAGUCAGUGUUUCUGACAGUGUUACGGCCGGAACUAGUGUGUUUACCGUCACAGUAUCAGAUGUUGAUGGCGAUAUCCUGUCAACCGAGAUGACAACGAGUUCGCCCUACUUCAGUUUCGACGAUUCCAUACUUGAAGUCAGCGUACUGACUACACCGCCGGCCAAUACCUACAGUUUGGAAUUCAAAGUCACCGACAGAUGCGCAAACACAGCGACAGCCACGCUAACAGUGACUGUCGCUGAUCCGUGUGCUGGCUCUGCCACACCGACCUUCUCCGACGCCUCUCCGACUGCCUCCAUAUCUACAUCGGAAGCUGUCGGAACUACAGUAUCCACACUCACAGUGUCCGACACAGACGGCGGCACGCUCAGCACAGUGAUGACGUCAUCUUCCUCUUACUUUUCGUUUGACACGUCUUCACUUGAGGUGAAGGUUUUAGCAUCGCCAAUAACCGCUGCCACGUACAACCUGAAUUUCGAGGUGACCGAUGAUUGUUCCAACACGGCAACAGCCACGCUAACUGUGACCGUCACAGAUCCGUGUGCUGGCUCUGCCACACCGACCUUCUCCGACGCCGCUCCGACUGCCUCCAUAUCUACAUCGGAAGCUGUCGGGACUACAGUUUCAACACUCACAGUGUCCGACACAGACGGCGGCACGCUCAGCACAGUGAUGACGUCAUCAUCCUCUUACUUUUCGUUUGACACGUCUUCACUUGAGGUGAAGGUUUUAGCAUCGCCCAUAACCGCUGCCACGUACAACCUGAAUUUCGAGGUGACUGAUGAUUGUUCCAACACUGCAACAGCCACGCUAACUGUGACCGUCACAGAUCCGUGUGCUGGCUCCGCCACACCGACCUUCUCCGACGCCGCUCCGACUGCCUCCAUAUCUACAUCGGAAGCUGUCGGAACUACAGUAUCCACACUCACUGUGUCCGACACAGACGGCGGCACGCUCAGCACAGUGAUGACGUCAUCCUCCUCUUACUUUUCGUUUGACACGUCUUCACUUGAGGUGAAGGUUUUAGCAUCGCCCAUAACCGCUGCUACGUACAACCUGAAUUUCGAGGUGACCGAUGAUUGUUCCAACACGGCAACAGCCACGCUAACAGUGACCGUCACAGAUCCGUGUGCUGGCUCUGCCACACCGACCUUCUCCGACGCCGCUCCGACUGCCUCCAUAUCUACAUCGGAAGCUGUCGGAACUACAGUAUCCACACUCACUGUGUCCGACACAGACGGCGGCACGCUCAGCACAGUGAUGACGUCAUCCUCCUCUUACUUUUCGUUUGACACGUCUUCACUUGAGGUGAAGGUUUUAGCAUCGCCAAUAACCGCUGCCACGUACAACCUGAAUUUCGAGGUGACCGAUGAUUGUUCCAACACGGCAACAGCCACGCUAACAGUGACCGUCACAGAUCCGUGUGCUGGCUCUGCCACACCGACCUUCUCCGACGCCACUCCGACUGCCUCCAUAACUACGUCGGCAGCCGUCGGAACCACUGUAUUCACACUCACAGUGUCCGACACAGACGGCGGCACGCUCAGCACAGUGAUGACGUCAUCAUCCUCUUACUUUUCGUUUGACACGUCUUCACUGGAAAUAAUGGUGUCUUCCACCGUUCCGGCGGGAAGUUACAGCUUGACUUUUCAGACAACUGAUGACUGCUCAAAUACGGCAGCUGCUACAUUAUCGGUCACGGUGCUUAGUCUGAGUGCUGUUACGCCAACAUUCAGUGGUUCCCCUACAAUAUCCACCCUGCCGGACACCACAUCUGUAGGGACAACUGUAGUACGCCUCACAGUGACGGACCCCGACGGCGGCACGAUGACUACAACUAUGACAUCUUCAUCUUCGUACUUCGAAUUAGAUCCAGUGACACUUGAUGUAAAAGUUCUCUCAAAUCCGACAUCCGGAAUUUACGUUCUAGAGUUUCAAGUUGUGGAUAACGACGGGUACAGUGGCACUUCUCAACUUAACAUAACUAUUGAAAAUGCGAAACCAUUUACUACAAGCCUGCCUACCUACGGGUAUGUGACCGAAACGACGUCAACUGAGAAUCUUCUUCACACGAUUGUGACAAGUGAUGCAUCACCAUCUGAUACUGUCACGUGUUUACUAGGGGCGUCUGACCCUUCUUCUACAGACUUCACCGUCAAAGUCAUAUCAGGAUCAUCGUACGGUAUAUAUUCUCUGGUGGGCCAUUCGUUCAACUAUGUUACCACUAAGCGAUAUGUCCUUACAAUCAACUGUACGGAUAGUAAGGAUGACGUCAUCGGAACAUUUUACGUAUUCGUACUUCCGAACACUCCUCCGACGUUUACUAAUCUACCAGAUUCAAUUUCGAUUGCCACGUCAAGCAGUUCCGGCACAAAUGUUUUCCAAGUGACUGGAUCUGAUACAGAGGGCGACAGCUUGACGUAUUCCAUGUCAUACAGUUCUUGUCCAUUUCAAAUCACAAGCGGGGGCGUUGUCAGCACCAAUCAACUUAUUACCGGUGACCCAGUGGGGUAUGAUAUACAUGUUGAUGUGACUGAUGCUACUACAAGCGUUGGACCCAGAGUUCUAACUGUAAAGAUAUCUGGCAUAAACUCGGAUCCCGUAAUAAAGAAUCUUCCUUUUCCGGCUAAUAUAUCUAUCUUAGAGAACGAACCUGUGGGAACUACGGUGUUCAACGUAGCUGCGGUAGAUGUUGACACAUCUCAGACGUUGACUUAUUCAUUAACAGUUACACCCAGCUCUGGACAAACUGUGUUUAAUGUGGAUUCAAGUGGAUUAAUUACUACAUCACUUUCGCUAGAUUACGAAUCUAUGACAGACACGUAUUUCAACAUCACGGUGACAGUGUCUGACGGCCAGGUAUCGGACUCUCAGUCAUUUUACGUCAUUAUACAGAACGUGAACGAGACUCCCGCUUUCUCCACCACUACAUAUUACCUCUCCGCUAAUGAAGAACAAGUGAGAGGAACAAGCCUUGGAACCCCCUCAUAUGGUGUGACAGACCCGGAAUCCGACUCCGUGUUUUACAGUAUCGACUGCUAUCAAUUCAUGAUAAACGCUACCACGGGGGAGAUAACCUUUUACGCUACCUACGACCUUGACCUAUCCAGCUCCUCGUCUCCGAUCAGCUGUAUUGUGAGUGCCGAUGAUGGCGAGUUAACAGGGACAGCUUCAUUGACCGUUACUAUAAAUGAUAUCAACGACAACUACCCAGUCCUCGAUAAAGACAUCUACACAUUUAUGUCAAGCGUGACCGCAAGAUCUGGCGAUGCCAUUGGAACAUUGACAGCUACUGAUGCAGAUUAUUCCGCGUUAUAUGGCACAGUUUCUUACUCUAUUAACCAAACGUUACUGAGUUCAACCUAUUUUGGAAUAUCUGGGACUGGCUCGCUAUUUGCUGUGGCUGACCUUGAGACACUCGGGGCUGGAACAGUCCACGAUAUCACGGUCACUGCUGCAGAUACAGGUGGAAACUCUGAUACGUCACUGGUAACGAUUAUCAUCCCUGGUAUCACGUCAACAAAUGACGUCACGACAGACUCAGAUGACAGAUAUCUUACCUUUAUCGAGGAUACACGAAAUGUUGCAUGGCUGACGUCAUUUUGUUUUACCACCUUUUGUUCAAUAUGUCUGAUCGGCUAUCUUGUCUACAAACAUAAUAGCAUAAAGUUUUUCUUAAACGCUAUUAAGGAAACUUUUCAGAAAGAUAGCAGCAAAACACGGAAAGCAAACAAAACGCCAAAUAAUCAUCGGAACAUGAUUAACAGACGGUCACCUAAUUCCAACGGAAGCGAAAUUUCUGAGCGGAGUAAAGCCAACGCCAGAAUGGACAGGGAAAAGUUUCGAGAUAUUCGACAUUAUAUCAACAACCAGACCACUCGUCUGUGAUGCUUUGUGUAACUCCUUGUGCGAAGUGUUUAAUGUAUAGUUUUAUUGUAUUGUACAACUGGGUUUUUUGUUCUAUUUUUUGUAUGAACAAUCAAAUUGUCCGGUGAUGUGACGUCAUUCGAUUAUUGAUAACGUUAUAACAAUUACAGUUUUU